UCAUUGGUAUCUACGGUAACAAUCACCUGACUACUGGCAAACAAAAUUUCAGGGACUAUUCAUACUACUAUAGCUACUGUACUAUACUUCUGGACUAUUGUAACCUGCAAUGUCAUGUUCUCUAGUUUACCGAGUCGGACUAAGCCGCACUGUGAUUAAAAGUUAUCGUAAUUUGUUAAGAUUGUCCGAUCAUUCGUCUUUAUUUUCUACCUCAACCAAUUCUUCCAAUGUUGAUAAAAAGGAUCAAUCAAAACCAGACAUCAAGGUUACAUUCAUAAAAGCAAAUGGUCAAAAAAUAGUUGGUUAUGGGAAAACGAACGAAAAUUUGUUAGAUGUCGUGAUAAACAACCAUCUAGACAUUGAUGGCUUUGGCGCUUGUGAAGGUACCUUAGCAUGUUCAACUUGUCACCUGAUUUUGAAGAAAGACGAUUUUGAUAAACUUAAAAACAAACCUACCGAUGAAGAAUUGGAUAUGCUGGAUUUAGCUUUUGGUCUAACAGAAACAUCUCGCCUAGGAUGUCAAGUUUACUUAACAAAAGAAAUGGAUGGAUUAGAAGUAGUUGUUCCUGAAACUAUCAAUGACGCUAGAACCACUUGAUAUUAUUUUUGAGUAGAUACUUGAAAUCGGCAUUUUUUUAAAUUAGACUAAGAAGGAAUUUAACAUAAAAAAAUUCGUAAGAAUACGAAUGCAAUCAAGUCAAUUGACAAAAUUUUGAUAAGAGUUUUUGAACUGCUCAUGAAAUGAAAUUAGAUAAAAAA